AUGGAAAUGCCUCCUUUAAGUGAGAAGACCACAUUUGUGGUAGUGCAGACAGUGAGUUUUAAGAAUGAAGAACUACUGAAGUACAUGCUCACCAUGGGAGUAGAUAUUGACAUGGCAAAGAAAAGACAGCCUGGAGUUUUUAAUGGGACAAGUACUAGGGAGCAGUAUGUGAAGAUGUCCCUUCUGUCUGAAGGAGCUAGCAAAAAAAUGAUUGCUAGGAUCAUGUCAAGAUAUCCACGAGCCAUAACCACACCUGAAAGUCUUUCAAAAUGGUGGGAUCUGUGGAGAAGAGUUGUGACAUCACCUGAAAUUGUCAGUAUUUUGAAACAUUCUCCUGACUCCUUUGUUUGGUUCAAUAACAAACUAAACUUAGAGAAUAAUAUAAAGUUCUCUACUCAGUUCCUCCUUUACUCAGUUGGAUUGACCCUUAAAGUGCCUUGUGGAUUGUUGACCAAUGCCCCAUGUUCCUUCUCCUACAGUCUUGAUCUGAAUAAGCAGAUGAUUGAACUUUUCGAGGGAGUCUCUUUGUCAUGACUUGACAAUGAACCCCCAGAUUUUGUCAAGAAAAUACUUAAAAAAAAUCCUUACAUCUUAAUUCAGAGCACCAAAUGGGUAAAAAUUAACAGUGAGUUUUUAUAGUCAACUUUCAACUUGAACAAUGAGGAGCUGCUCGUUCUGAUAGGUGGUCCAGGAGCUGAACUCGCAGACCUUUCCAAUGACUAUGUCAGAAGAAGCUACACAAGUAUCAAAGAGAAGCUGUUUUCUCUUGGGUGUAGUAAAGAAGAGGUACAGAAGCAUAUUUUGAGUUAUCCAGAUAGGAUCUUCUUGGGAAAGAAAAAGUUUAACAAUAAAAUAGACUGCCUCGUAGAGGAAAAAAUUAGCAUGUCACAAAUAAUUGAAAAUCUAAGGAUUUUCAAUUCAAGCAUAAAUACUUUUAAAAGUUGAAUCAAAGAACUAGUAAAAGCUGGGUAUAACUUUAGUACUUCAAACCUGGCUCUUUUUAUCUCAAGUCAAAAAAGAUAA